GGCCGGACCCGCCCGCUCGUCCCCGCCCCUCCUUCCCCCCCUCUCCUCCGCCGGUGCCAAGUGUGUGUGUGUGUGUGUGUGCGUGCGCCGGGGGGGCGGGAGGGACAAGGAGGAGGGGGCGGCCAUGCCGAGGGGGCGGCCCCCCGAGCCCAGCGGGGAGAGCGGCGAGCCCGGCGCCGAGGCAGAUGAUGUUCUGACACCGAAUAUAGAGAACGGAAAUUUUCCCUACCAAGUACCUAACUUCCAUAAGUGUGAGAUUUGUUUGCUGUCUUUUCCAAAAGAGACCCAGUUCCAGCGCCAUAUGAGGGAUCAUGAGCAAAAUGACAAGCCUCACCGAUGUGACCAGUGUCCGAUGUCAUUUAAUGUUGAAUUCAACUUGACACUUCAUAAAUGUACUCACAAUGGCGAAGAUCCUACGUGUCCUGUAUGCAACAAGAAAUUCUCCAGAGUAGCCAGUCUGAAAGCUCAUAUAAUGCUACAUGAGAAAGAGGAGAAUCUUAUCUGUUCAGAAUGUGGAGAUGAAUUCACUUUACAGAGUCAGCUGUCCAUACACAUGGAAGAACAUCGUCAAGAAUUGGCAGGCAGUAGGAUCCACAGCUGCAAAUCUUGCAAAAAGGAAUUUGAAACUUCCUCACAGCUAAAGGAGCAUAUGAAAACUCACUAUAAAAUAAGGGUAUCAAAUACCAGAUCCUACAACAGAAACAUUGACAGAAGUGGGUUUACCUAUUCCUGUCCUCACUGUGGAAAGACGUUCCAGAAACCGAGUCAGUUAACGCGACAUGUUAGAAUACACACAGGUGAAAGACCAUUCAAGUGCAGUGAGUGUGGAAAAGCCUUUAACCAGAAGGGAGCGCUGCAGACUCACAUGAUCAAGCACACAGGGGAGAAACCCCAUGCCUGUGCCUUUUGUCCCGCAGCCUUUUCCCAGAAAGGCAACCUGCAGUCGCACAUACAGAGAGUUCAUUCAGAGGUGAAGAAUGGCCCUACAUACAACUGUACAGAAUGUAGCUGUGUCUUCAAAAGCUUAGGUAGUUUAAAUACACAUAUCAGCAAGAUGCACAUGGGUGGUCCACAGAAUUCUGCAAGUGCUUCAGCAGAUGUAUCUCAUGUUACAGCAGACCCUGUCACCCAACCUUUAACAACAUCCCCUGCUAAUCUUUUGCAACCUGUUGAUAACAAAUGGAAGAAUGCCACACAUUUUCGGUCUCCACUUCUUCAACAGACAGAAAACCAAGUGUCUCCAGCUGCUGCUCACCAGGGUCAGCAGGCUGUCACCGAUGUCAUUCAGCAACUCCUUGAGUUAUCAGAACCAGGUCCUGUAGAAAAUAACCAACCUCAACAACCUGGUCAACAGCUCAACAUUGCGGUGGGAAUCAGUAGAGAUAUUUUGCAGCAAGCGUUAGAGAACAGUGGGUUGUCUUCAAUUCCUGUCUCUGCACAUUCUACUGACUGCAGCCAGGCUAAGACUUCUGGGCCCCAGGAUCAGAACCCAGAUGUCCCAACUCUCUCAAAUCAUCAGACUGAUUCUAAUAAUGCAGAACAAGAUAAGGAGCAAGACACUACAGAUAAACUAGAUAAAAAAGAAAAAAAGUUUAUUAAGAAAAAAUCACCGUUUUUGCCUGGUUCUAUACGUGAAGAAAAUGGAAUAAGGUGGCACGUUUGUCCAUAUUGCUCUAAAGAAUUUAAAAAACCAAGUGAUCUAGUGCGCCACAUUCGCAUUCAUACCCACGAGAAGCCAUUCAAGUGUCCCCAGUGUUUCCGCGCCUUUGCAGUUAAGAGUACUCUAACAGCACACAUAAAAACACACACUGGCAUCAAAGCUUUCAAGUGCCAAUUUUGUAUGAAAAGCUUUUCCACCUCAGGGAGUUUAAAAGUUCACAUUCGUCUCCAUACAGGUGUUAGACCUUUUGCUUGUCCUCAUUGUGACAAAAAGUUUAGAACAUCGGGCCAUCGGAAAACUCAUAUCACUUCACAUUUUAAACAUACUGAACUAAGAAAGCUGCGACAUCAACGUAAACCUGCGAAAGUUCGAGUAGGAAAGUCGAGUGGUCCAGUACCAGACAUUCCUUUGCAAGAACCCAUACUCAUAACUGAUUUAGGUCUUAUCCAGCCAAUCCCAAGGAAUAGCCAGGUCUUCCAAAAUUAUUUUAACAGUAAUUUUGUGAAUAAUGCAGAGAGACCAUACAAGUGUUUUUAUUGCCAUCGAGCCUAUAAAAAAUCUUGUCAUCUAAAACAACACAUCAGGUCGCAUACUGGUGAAAAGCCAUUUAAGUGCUCUCAGUGUGGAAGAGGUUUUGUGUCAGCUGGAGUUCUGAAAGCACAUAUUAGAACACACACUGGAUUGAAAGCUUUCAAGUGUGUUGUGUGCAACGGGGCCUUCACUACUGGUGGUAGCCUUAGGCGACAUAUGGGGAUCCAUAAUGAUCUUCGACCCUACAUGUGUCCGUAUUGUCAAAAGACAUUCAAAACAUCACUAAACUGUAAAAAACACAUGAAGACUCAUAGAUAUGAACUUGCACAGCAACUUCAGCAGAAUCAGCAGCCCUCUUCCAUAGAUGAUUCUACAGUAGAUCAGCAGAGCAUUCAUGUUUCUACACAGAUGCAAGUGGAGAUUCAAAGUGAAGAGCUACAGCAGUCAGAAGCUGUUGCAACAGAUCAGCAGGCUAUUUUAGAGUUAGACCAGCAACCAGUAGUAGGCACAGAAGAAACAGCACUAGAACAACAGUUGGCUGAUCAGCCGUUAGAGCAAGAUGAGGAUAGAUUUGUGACAUCCCAGCAUGCUUUACAGGAAAACAUCACUCAGUUUGAACAACAGGCUAUAACACAGCAGCCAUUUGAUCAGCAGAGCUUAUCACAAGGUUUUGCAGUGAAUGACAGCUACAAUCAACAGACUCAGUUUCCAGCUGUACAGCAGCUGCAGGAUUCAAGCACACUUGAAUCUCAGGCUCUUUCAACGAGUUACCACCCACCAGCCCUUCUUCAGGUUCCAAAUACAGACACUAUUAAUGUAACUACUCGCUUGAUACAAGAUCAGUCACCGCAAGAAGAACUUGAAUUGCAUACCCAGCGGCCUCAUUUUCUUGAGGAUAAUGAAGAUCAAAGUAGGCGUUCCUAUAGGUGUGAAUAUUGCAACAAGGGUUUUAAGAAAUCCAGCCAUUUGAAACAACAUGUACGAUCACAUACUGGUGAGAAACCUUAUAAAUGCCAACUCUGUGGACGUGGUUUUGUUUCCUCAGGAGUUCUUAAGUCACAUGAGAAGACUCAUACAGGAGUUAAAGCAUUCAGCUGUAGCAUUUGCAAUACCUCCUUCACAACUAAUGGCAGCCUUACCAGGCACAUGGCAACUCACAUGAGCAUGAAGCCUUACAAGUGCCCAUUCUGUGAUGAAAGCUUUCGAACAACUGUUCACUGCAAAAAACAUAUGAAAAAACAUCAGUCAGUCUCCUCAGCUGUAGCAGCAGCUACAGAUACAGGAGGGGGAGUUGCAUGUGUUGAAGAUGAUGAUGAAAACUCUGAAAGAACUUCCAGAAAAUCUCGUCCUGGUGUCAUAACUUUUACAGAAGAAGAAACAGCAGAACUGGCAAAGAUUAGGCCUCAAGAAAGUGCCACUGUCUCAGAAAAAGUUCUUGUCCAGUCUGCUGCAGAGAAAGACAGAAUUAGUGAGAUCAAAGAUAAGCAAGCAGAACUGGAAGCAGAACCCAAAUAUGCCAACUGUUGUAGUUAUUGUCCCAAAAGCUUUAAAAAACCGAGUGAUUUAGUCAGGCAUGUUCGUAUCCAUACUGGAGAGAAGCCGUAUAAGUGUGAAGAAUGUGGAAAGAGUUUCACUGUAAAAUCCACUCUGGAUUGUCAUGUUAAAACACACACAGGCCAGAAGCUUUUCUGUUGUCACGUGUGCAGUAAUUCUUUUUCUACAAAAGGGAGUCUAAAAGUCCACAUGCGUCUGCAUACAGGAGCAAAACCUUUCAAAUGUCCACACUGUGAUUUACGGUUUCGUACUUCGGGGCGCAGAAAAACCCACAUACAAUGUCAUUAUAAACCAGAGACAAAGAAAGUUAGGAAGCCUGUUGCCCGUACUUCAACUGAGGGACUACAGCCAGUCAGCCUUCUUAAUUCAUCCUCUACAGACCCUAACGUUUUCAUCAUGAAUAACUCCGUUUUGACGAGUCAGUUUGAUCAAAAUUUACUUCAACAAGGACUUGUGGGCCAGGCUAUUCUGCCUGCUUCAGUGUCAGCUGGAGGUGACUUAACUGUGUCCUUGACAGAUGGUAGCUUGGCCACUCUUGAAGGAAUACAGCUACAACUUGCUGCUAAUCUGGUUGGACAAAAUGUUCAAAUUUCUGGAAUAGAUACCACCAGUAUUAACAACAUAACAUUACAGAUCGAUCCAAGUAUUCUACAGCAGACGUUGCAGCAGAGUAAUUUACUUACUCAGCAGCUAACUGGAGAUCCCAGUAUGCCUCCACAGAAUCCCUCCCUCCAGGCAACAGAAAGUGCAGUGCCAGCUAAUGUGGUUAUUCAACCCAUAUCAGGCCUGUCUUUGCAGCCCACAGUAACAUCAUCUGCUAACAUGACAAUAGGAUCCCUAUCUGAGCAGGAGUCUGUGCUGACAACCAGCGCAAAUGGUGCACAGGACAUUUCUCAAGUCAUAACUUCACAGGGUAUGGUGUCAUCUUCAAAUGGACAGCAUGAGAUAAUGUUGACCAUAAAUAACUCCAGUUUGAGUCAAGUUUUAGCUCAUGCUUCAGGCUCUACUAAUGCGACCUCAUCAGGAAGCCCUCAAGAAAUCACUCUUACAAUAUCUGGCCAAGAUCUUAUUCAGCAUAAUUCUGGAGGCAGUGAUCUGAAUACUGGCUUAAGACUGUCAGCGCCAACCAUCAGCAGUCAGACUACAGGUGCUACAUUAACUAUAAGCAACGACCAGCUGCUUUCUCAGGGCCCUUCACUAAAUGCUCCAGAACUUAAUACAACAGGUGGAACAAACCUUCCUUCAACAACACCCAUGUCACAGUCUUCAGUUUCUGCCCAGAAUUUGGUAAUGUCUUCAUCAGGAGUUGGAGGAGAUGGUAGUGUCACUUUGACUCUUGCUGACACUCAGGGAAUGUUGUCAGGUGGUCUUGAUGCAGUUACACUUAAUAUCACUUCACAGGGUCAGCAGUUCCCUGCUAUACUCACAGAUUCCAGUCUCACUAGCCAAAGUGGAUCAGGCUCACAGCAAGUUAUACUGGUGAGCCAUACACCCCAUCCAGCACCUGCAAACUCUGAUGAAAUAACAUAUCAGGUGACAGAGGUUUCCCCUAAUGUGACUAAAAGCAGCCAAGCAGAAAAAGAAAGUCGCGGGCACCAGUGUUUUGAGUGUAGUCAAACCUUCUACUCAGUGACCAUGCUGACACACCAUUGUAAGGAGGUUCAUGGCAAGGAACGAAUACACGUUUGCCACAUCUGUAAUAAGGCCUUUAAGCGGGCAACACAUCUCAAGGAGCACAUGCAAACCCAUCAGGCUGGACCUUCACUGAGCUCCCAGAAGCCUAGAGUGUUUAAGUGUGAUACUUGUGAAAAAGCUUUUGCUAAGCCAAGUCAGCUGGAGAGACACAGUCGCAUUCACACAGGGGAACGGCCAUUUCAGUGUACACUAUGUGAAAAAGCAUUUAACCAGAAGAGUGCUCUUAAAGUCCACAUGAAAAGGCACACAGGAGAGAGACCUUAUAAAUGUGAUUACUGUGCAAUGGGAUUUACACAGAAAAGCAAUAUGAAACUGCAUAUGAAACGGGCUCAUGGUUACACUGGUCCUGUACAAGAACCUGCUAGUCACCAAGAACAAGAAGGGGAAGAUAUUAGUCGUGCUCUGAAUUUAGAAGAAGUGGUACAAGAAUCUUCAAAUGAAUGGCAAAGUAUAGGCAAUGUUUUUCGAUGACACUUUAAAAUUUGAAAUCUAAAAAUGUUUCUGGGACUCAAAUUUUACAGUUAAAGCUUCAAGCAUUGAAAAUACUAACAAUAGAAUAAUAUAUUAUAGUUUUUCUAAUAUUUACAAAAAUUACCUAAAAGAUCAAUUCAUUUUUUUAAGCUUGUAGAAGAAUAUUGGGAAAACACCAUUUAAUCUGUGCUAAGUUGUCUGUGAAUCUGUGAACUCAGGUAAUAAUGUAUACAGUUUCAUCUUCGAAUUCACAGCCAGUAUACCUAUUUAAAAAUAAACUGGAACUUUAUAUCAGAAUAGAAUUAUUCCCAUUUUUAAUGAAAGUGAAGAAUAACUUCAUGGGAAAAUCAUGAAACUGUCCGUCAGCCUUCUUUUUCACGUAUUUAAGGAAAUAAUUGACAUUGGAAACAAAAUGUUGCAGAGUUGAUGCAUGCAUGCAGUAUAAAAUAGUGGGGUUUUGCCUUCAAUUUUUUUUUUCUUAUGUGGCACAGGAAAAUGCUGUAUUGCUGUUUAAAGCUUUUUUUUUUUUUUUUAGUACAUUUUGAGAAUUCGUUGAAAAAAAAUAAAAUACCAUGAUUUCAUGGCUUUUAUCAAGUUAAACCCUUGAGAGGGAGCAUGUUUAUUUCCAUUCCAGCCACAGAGGCAGACAGUUGUUAGUUUUUACGGUAAAAGUCUGAGGUUUUGAACUCAGCAAUAAUUAUUUCACAAGAAUCCAAACAAGAAGAGGUUCCAAUAAAAGCUUCUUCUGUUGUUUGCUGUAUUGGAUCAGCAGGUACAUAUCUCAGUAUCUGUGGAAAACACAGCCAUAUAUUAAAUCUGUGAAGUAAACGUACAGUUUUGUGUUAGCAGAGAGAAAGUUUGAUGCACACUAUGUCACCUAUAUUAUACAGUGUUCCCUGGUGCUGUAAACAGUUAUCAUUUUGAAUCUGUAAAUUCCUCAUUAUUUUCUUUGUGAACUUUGGAAAUACGUUACUUUUAUUUGUUGUUUAAGUCACUGUUCCAGCAAAACUACCUAGUUGACUAUGUAAUGCUUUCAAAGGUGCCACUUGUUAAGUGUAUUCGUAACAAAGAAACACUGGAGUAAAAACAUAGUUGUCGUUUAGACAUUCCAAAGACAGAAGCUUUUUUCUUAUUUUUGCCUUGUUCUUUUGAAUUUUAUUUAUAUGUUACAUAUAUAUAGAUAUAUAUAUAUGUGUGCUUGUAUAUGUAUAUAUAUAUUUAAAGUUAUAUGAGCCUCUGUGUGGCUGAUCAGUAUAUUUUGUAAAUACUAAUCCCAGUUGCAGGAAGUUCAUCUGUUUGGUUGCCACAAGUACUUCUAGAUCAGUGGUGGAUAUGUUGUACUAUAAUACAGAGCUGGAUUUUAAUUUACCUUCUGAAAGAUAAUUGUUCUCACAUCCAGAAAGCCGUUUUCUGUAAAUAUUGUCUAUACUUUGUCUCUGAUAUAAACUAGUUAUUUCAGAUUGCUGAAGCAAGAAAUGGCUGUUGAUUUUGAUAGGGCAUCUCUUAAUUCUUUUGUUAACUGUUUGGCAUAUGUAUAUAAGUUAAAUAGUUGGUGACAUGAAAAUAACACUUUUGUUAUGUGGAAUAUUUAAUUCAAAAAAUGCUAAAUAAUAUUACUUUUUUCCAAA